UUUCGUUGGUUUCUUUAGGUCUUGAAAAAAAAAUUAACUGUCAAUGUCAGUUUCAUCUUUUAGGUUAUAAUUCCCGAAUUUUCAAAAAAUAUCAAGAUUUUGAAAAAGUUGGUAUGUUGUAUGGAAGUGUUGUCUAUCUAAGUUCAGAUUUGUGAGGGAGUUGCUGGGUGGUAUGUCAGACACCCCACCAGCUUCAGAAACUAGACAACCGAAUAAGUUAAGGAAAAUUAGAAAAGACUAAGACUAACAAAGAGAUCAAAAUGAACAUCCGUUGUGCACGCCCCAGCGACCUCAUGAACAUGCAACACUGCAACUUGCUGUGUUUGCCCGAGAACUAUCAGAUGAAAUAUUACUUCUACCACGGCUUGUCUUGGCCACAGCUUAGCUAUGUAGCUGAGGAUGAGAAAGGACACAUUGUUGGCUAUGUUUUGGCUAAAAUGGAGGAAGAUGGAGAAGAUAAUCGUCAUGGUCACAUAACAUCUCUGGCUGUUAAACGGUCGCACCGCAGACUUGGCCUUGCUCAAAAAUUAAUGAAUCAAGCUUCACUAGCCAUGGUAGAGUGCUUUCAGGCCAAAUAUGUAUCGCUGCAUGUAAGGAAAAGCAACAGAGCAGCUCUCAACCUUUACACAAACUCACUUGGUUUCAAAAUCCUUGAAAUUGAACCUAAAUAUUAUGCAGACGGUGAAGAUGCAUAUUCUAUGAUGAGGGAUCUUAGUGCUUUCGCAGCUGAAAGUAAGUCAGAGAGUCAAUCUGACAAUUUGGAAAUCAAGUCUGAGUCAUCUAUUAUAUCACAGUGCUAAUUAAUAUGUAUAAGGCAUUAAAUAAAUUUAUUUAAAUGCAA